CAGUCAGUGUGUGACUGACACCCUUGAGACAUGAGGUGGUUACUGUUCUUUGGGGCCCUUGUUGGGUCAGGCACCUGUAGCCGAGAAAAAUUCUUUGGGGACCAAGUGUUUAGGAUUAAUGUCAGAAAUGGAGACGAGAUCAGAAAACUGACUCAGUUAGUGAAUUCAGACAACUUUAAGCUCAAUGUCUGGAAAUCUCCUUCCACUUUGGAUCAGCCUGUAGAUAUUCUGGUCCCUUCUGUCAGUCUGCUGCCAAUCAAAUCCUUUUUGAAGUCCCAGGGCUUAGACUAUUCAGUGACCAUUGAAGACCUACAGGUGCUUUUAGAUAUGGAAGAUGAAGAAAUGCAGCACAAUGAGGGUCAAGAGCGGAGUGGUACUAGCUUCAACUAUGGAUCUUACCAUUCCCUGGAAGCUAUUUAUCAUGAAAUGGACAGCAUUGCCACAGAUUUUCCUGACCUGGCAAGCAGAGUGAAGAUCGGACAGACAUUUGAAAAGCGGCCCAUGUAUGUUCUGAAGUUCAGCACAGGAGGAGGCAAGCAGCGGCCGGCCAUUUGGCUGAAUGCAGGCAUCCAUUCCCGUGAGUGGAUCUCACAGGCCACCGCCAUCUGGACAGCAAGGAAGAUUGUAGCUGAUUAUCAGAAGGAUCCAGCUGUCACCUCCAUCUUGGAGAAAGUGGAUAUUUUCUUGCUGCCUGUGGCCAAUCCUGAUGGAUAUGUGUACACACAUACCCAAAACCGAUUAUGGAGGAAGACACGGUCUCGGAACCCAGGAAGCCGCUGCAUUGGUACUGAUCCAAAUAGAAACUGGAAUGCAAGUUUUGCAGGAGAGGGAACCAGUCACAACCCUUGCUCUGAAGUAUACCAUGGCCCCUACCCCAAUUCUGAAGUGGAGGUGAAAUCAGUGGUGGAUUUUAUUCAAAAUCAUGGGAAUUUCAAAUGCUUCAUUGACCUGCACAGUUACUCACAGCUGCUGAUGUACCCCUAUGGGUACACGGUCAAGAAGGCCCCAGAUGCUGAGGAACUGGAUGACGUGGCAAGGAGGGCAGCUGAAGCCCUGGCUUCCCGCUCAGGCACUAAGUACCGAGUAGGACCGACCUGCACCACCGUCUAUCCAGCUAGUGGGAGCAGCAUCGACUGGGCGUAUGACAACGGCAUCAAGUAUUCAUUCACAUUUGAGUUGAGAGACACUGGGCACUAUGGCUUCCUCCUGCCAGCCAGCCAGAUCAUCCCCACUGCGGAGGAGACCUGGCUAGGGCUGAAGACCAUCAUGGAGCAUGUACGGGACAACCUCUACUAGUCAAAAAGGCCAUUAUUAAAGGAGCUCACUCCUUCAUGUGUGGGUCCGAUCCCUCUGGGUGGACAGAGAACAUUGCCAGCUCCUCUUCAGUACAGCUCCCUGGAGAUCACGCAUCCUGGUGGUGACCCAUGAGAGCACUCCUGUCAGUACCAUGUUUGUUCCUGCUGUUUUGCUGAGCCCUUGGUGUGCCUUUCCAUCCCCUCAGCUGGUUAGGCAGGCUACAUUCAAGGUCAUUACCUCACUUUUAGAACAUCUCUGAUGGUUUUCUGGUCUCUUUCAUAUCUAGCCAAGUUAGGGAUCUGGCUCUGGUGGGGACCCAUGGCAAGUGCUAUAGGAGACAAAGCUUAUCUUUAGUUGAACUUCCUUUAAUUUUUCUGUUUCUGAAUUUUUUUUUUUUUUUUAAAGACAGGGUUUUACUAUGUUGCCCAUGUUAGCUUGAAACUCCUGGGGUCAAACAGUCCUCCUGCCUCAGUUUCUCAAGUGGCUGGGCACCAUCAUAUCCAGCUCAGAAACACUUUUCUUUGAGGAACAAAUCCCACAGGACCAUCAGCAUAGGCCUUUCCACUCUUCUUCUUUUUUUUUUUUGCCUUUUUGAGACAGGGUCUCCCUGUAGCCCCAGCUGGCCUGGAACUCAUUAUGUAGACUAGGCUGGCCUUGAACUCACAAAGCGCGGCCUGCCUCUGCCUCCCAAGCGCUGGGACUAAAGACGUGCGCCACCACUCCAGGCACCACUCCUCUUUUUAUUUGCUCUCUUCCCAUCAGGAGACUCAGAGUGUCCUGAUGAUUCCCCUUCUUGUCACUUUCUUCCCUUUGCUAUUCAGUGUCACUGAGAUCCACAAAGGGGUCACCAGCACUGUAGGCCCUGCUCACAGGGAUCAUGGAUGAAAUGGGAGCUAGAUUGCAAGAUCACUCAAUUAGCCCCAUCUGUCCUGUCCGGCUCAGCUCUACUCUGCCUUUUGAACUGACUUCAAAGAUCUUGCCCUCACCCCACAGGUCCUAAAUCAUCCCUCUGGCCUGGAUAAUCUCAGGGUCUCAGCACAUUCCAGCUCUGGCUCUAGUGUAUAUCUUGUGCUUCCUCUUCCUGUUUUUAAAGUUGUUUUCUAUUUUGCAUCUUGGGCCAGGGGACCUAUGUGGAACACGACUUCAUCAGUCAGACAUACCUCUUUUUCUUGUCUCAGCAUAUACCAUCUGUCCUUUUUUUUUUUUUUUCGUGUUUUUGUUUUCUGUUUUUUCUUUUCAUUUUUUCUUUUUUUCAAUCAUGUCUGUAAAUCUUAACCUUCUGCCUAGGAUUUGUGCAGCAUCUGGUGUGUCCUCAUAAUCCAAUAAAUAUUCAGUAUG